GCGAACGAGCUUCAGCGCGUAUAAGUUAAGCAUUCAAAAUGACGAAUCAAAGUUUGGCUAAAAUUGCACAUGAGGACCGGGAGGGAAAAUUUGGAUAUGUCUAUGCAGUAUCCGGUCCUGUCGUUACCGCUGAAAAAAUGUCUGGGUCAGCUAUGUAUGAGCUGGUGCGAGUCGGUUACUAUGAAUUAGUAGGAGAAAUUAUUAGAUUGGAGGGUGAUAUGGCUACAAUACAGGUAUAUGAAGACACAAGCGGCGUGACUGUCGGUGAUCCCGUACUUCGCACUGGAAAGCCACUAUCUGUCGAAUUGGGUCCUGGUAUCCUCGGCAGCAUUUUUGAUGGUAUUCAACGUCCAUUGAAAGAUAUCAACGAGCUCACAAACUCAAUCUACAUCCCGAAAGGCGUCAAUAUACCGGCACUCUCGCGUACUGUUGCCUGGGAAUUUAAUCCGCACAAUGUAAAAAAUGGCAGCCACAUCACGGGCGGUGAUAUGUAUGGCGUUGUACACGAGAAUACUUUGGUAAAACAUUGGAUGCUCCUUCCACCUAAAUGCAAAGGCACUGUCACGUACGUCGCGCCAGCGGGCAAUUAUACCGUUGAUGAUGUCGUACUGGAGACUGAAUUCGAUGGCGAGAGGCAGAAAUAUACCAUGCUUCAGGUGUGGCCAGUCCGUCAACCUCGUCCAGUCACUGAAAAACUGCCAGCUAAUCAUCCUCUACUCACUGGCCAACGAGUCUUGGACUCUCUCUUCCCAUGCGUUCAAGGUGGAACCACGGCUAUUCCCGGUGCUUUUGGUUGCGGCAAGACGGUCAUUUCUCAAGCCUUGUCAAAGUACUCUAACUCUGAUGUGAUUAUUUACGUCGGUUGCGGAGAACGUGGUAACGAAAUGUCUGAAGUACUACGCGACUUUCCCGAGUUAACUGUGGAGAUUGAUGGCGUCACCGAGUCCAUUAUGAAACGUACCGCUUUGGUCGCCAAUACAUCUAACAUGCCGGUGGCCGCGCGUGAAGCGUCCAUUUACACAGGUAUUACUUUAUCCGAAUACUUUCGAGACAUGGGUUACAACGUGUCGAUGAUGGCAGAUUCGACAUCUCGUUGGGCCGAAGCCCUCCGAGAAAUCUCAGGUCGUUUGGCUGAAAUGCCUGCCGAUUCCGGUUACCCUGCUUAUCUUGGUGCUCGUUUAGCCAGCUUCUACGAACGUGCCGGAAGAGUCAAAUGUUUGGGAAAUCCAGAUCGUGAAGGAUCUGUUAGUAUCGUUGGUGCUGUCUCACCACCAGGUGGUGAUUUCUCCGAUCCUGUGACUAGUGCGACGCUCGGUAUUGUACAGGUAUUCUGGGGAUUGGAUAAGAAAAGAGUUACUUGUAAUUAA